AAAGCCGCCACCACCACGUCUAACCCGUUUGUUCACAUGGUUUCCGGGGGGUUUACUCGCUUUACUCGCACAGGAAUGAGGUCUGGAGAGGUUUCUGGGGGCUUUACUCGCACAGGAAUGAGGUCUGGACUGGGAAGGAGGCGCUUGACCUUGUUUUGGGGUCUGAUGCUGGUUCUGAUGCUGCUGGCGCUGUCGUGCUGCCCCAGGCCCGCACACGCAGAGAUUUGUGGUCCCAGCAUCGAUAUCGGCAACGACAUCAAUGAAUUCCGGCGUCUGGAGAACUGCACGGUGGUGGAAGGCUACCUGCAGAUCCUGCUCAUCGGGGACAAAAACAACAACGCCAACCAAGAAAACUUCCGCUCCCUGAGCUUUCCCAAGCUGACCAUGAUCACCGACUACCUGCUGCUCUUCCGCGUGUCCGGCCUGGACAGCCUGAGCGCGCUCUUCCCCAACCUGGCCGUGAUCCGCGGGAGGAACCUCUUCUACAACUACGCCCUGGUCAUCUUCGAGAUGACCAGCCUGAAGGACAUCGGCCUGUACAACCUGAGGAACAUCACGCGCGGCGCCAUCCGCAUCGAGAAGAACCCGGAGCUCUGCUACCUGGACUCCAUCGACUGGUCGCUCAUCAUGGACGCCGAGUUCAACAACUACAUCGCGGGGAACAAGCAGUCGAAGGAGUGCAGCGACGUCUGUCCGGGCAUCAUGGAGAACAACCCUCUGUGCAGGAAGACCAUGUUCAACAACAACUACAACUACCGCUGCUGGAACUCCAACCACUGCCAGAAAGGAGGUUUUGCAGACCUUAACAUGUGA